GCUGCACGAAAGGAAGAGGGAGGCUGGAAUGAAUUGGAGGGAGGGAAUGCUCUGGUGUGAGUGGUUAAAAGGAGCAGUUGCUACAAGUCUCAGCAGCAAAACCUGAGGCUUCCUGGCUAUUCUUUUCAGUCUCUCUACAUUAUUGAUUUUUGUUUCAAAUUUGUAUAAAAACAUUACUGUUUCGGGCAGUCUGAUCAAGUAGCUCUGUCUUUAUAGUAGAACCAAGCAGUUGACAGAUCUACUGUACUUCUUAUUGUAAAAUGGAAGAGAUUGAAAACUAUACCGCUCUACAAGACUUUACAGAGGAUGUCUCUCAUAGUGGGGACAGACCUAUACUCAACACAUUACAGGGCAAACAAGGUGUUUAUAAAGGGAUAAACUGUUUGAGAGGGCAGACUUCUCUUGUACUGUUUGUGGGUCUAUUGGCCUCUGUUUGCGCAAACAUAGCACUCGGUGUCCUCUUAAACAGUGCCGGAUCAUCUCCCACAGCAGAGUCAGCCAGGGGUGAAGAACCUAAAGUUGCCUCUCUUUCUCUCAAACUCACUGCCAUGCAAGAACGCUUCUCCCGUCUUUGCUCUGAAUACACAACUCUUGGAGAGACAUGUUCAAAACCAGUGAUCCAGUGUAGGCCAUGUCCAGAGGCUUGGCUGCAUUUAGAAGGCAGGUGUUAUUUCUUUAGCGAGGAUAAACUUGACUGGAAGCACAGCAAAGAGGGCUGUGCAUCCAUGGGCGGCCAUCUAACUAUACUGCACAGCCAUGAACAACAUCACAUCUUGGAAAGUGUUGCACGUAACCUUGGUGGAUUUGACUAUCACUUCUGGAUUGGUUUAUCAGACACUGAGACUGAAGGGGUGUGGAAAUGGGUGGACGACACAGUUGUUAAUCAGACAUUCUGGAAUGAUGAUGAGCCGGAUAAUCACCAGUCGGGUGGGAUUCAUGGAGAAGACUGCGCAGUGCUGGACUCGCGCUCCAAAACUUGGGUCGAUGUGCCCUGUGAUUUCAAUUACAAACGUAUCUGUGAGAUGGAUCCAAUCACCAUCGACGUGUAAAAGUGUGCAAAAGUAUUAAAAAAUAAAAUAAGACAUUUGGUAACAUUUUAUUUUACGGUGCCCUUGUUACGUAUGUAUUUACAAUAGUAUUUACUAUAAAUUAUGCAUAGUUACAUUUAACUAAGUCUUAAAACAAAUCCUACACUGUGAGAUAAGCACUGUAUAAUAAAGUGUUACCAGACAUUUCUUAUGAAAUCUUUGUAAAAAUGUAAAUUUCCCAAUUUUUCUAUAAACGAUAUUAAAACUUCAA